AUGGACUCCGAUGAUGACAUGUACGAUGACCAGGAUAUGGAAUACGGAGAGGAUGAUUAUUACAGCGACGGGACCGACCAAAACAACGCCGGCGACAGUGAUGAUGCUGACAAUCACGACGAGUUCGUUGAUGAAGACUCGCACCGACGAUCUCAGGUAAAUUACGUUGUGCUCAAGGAAGAAGAUAUCCGCAGGAAUCAGAGAGAUGAUAUCGGACGGGUUUCAGUCCUGUCCAUAAGCGAGGUCGAAGCGAGCGUUUUGCUCCUUCACUAUAACUGGAACGUUAGUAAAGUUAGCGACGAGUGGUUUGCGGACGAGGAGAGAGUUCGCAAAACUGUUGGCAUAUUGAAGGAAGGACCGUCGGUUCCUAAAAGCAAAAAAGUUAAGUGUGGAAUAUGCUUUGAGUGGUAUCGUCCUAAGGAGAUCGUAUCUAUCGUUUGUGGUCAUUCUUUCUGCUCUACGUGUUGGACUGGUUACAUCAGGACGUCGAUCAACGACGGACCAGGAUGUUUGAUGCUUAAAUGUCCCCAACCGGCUUGUACCGCUGCGGUUGGUCGGGAUAUGGUGGAGAGACUUGUUUGCAAAGAAGACAAGGACAAGUACGAGAGGUAUUUUCUUAGGUCUUACGUGGAAGCUAGUAAAAAGAUGAAGUGGUGUCCUUCACCAGGAUGCGAGCACGCGAUUGAGUUUUCCGCCGGCGGGAGUUGCAACCACGACGUCACAUGCUUGUGUUCGCAUACCUUUUGCUGGAAGUGCAGUGAGGAUGCUCACAGUCCUGUGGAUUGCGACACGGUUGCGCAGUGGGUAGUUAAGAACAGCGCGGAGUCGGAGAACACGUUGUGGAUACUUGCCAACUCAAAGGCUUGUCCCAAGUGUAAGAGGCCGAUCGAGAAGAACCAUGGGUGCAUGCACAUGACAUGCUCAGCUCCUUGUAGGUUUGAGUUUUGCUGGCUUUGUCUUAAUGACUGGAAAGAACACGGGGCCAGCAGCGGUGGGUUUUAUGCGUGCAACAGGUAUGAAGCGGAAAAGCAAAAAGGAAAGUAUGAUGCGGAUGAGAAGAAGCGAGAGAUGGCGAAGAGUUUGCUACAGAGAUACGCUCAUUACUAUGAACGCUGGGAUGGGAACUUGAAGUCGAGGAAAAAAGCUAUGGAGGAUCUGGAGAGAUUUGAAUCGGAAACGAUUAAGAAGGUUAGUGACAAACAGCAGACACCAGAGACUCAGCUCAAGUUUAUCACAGAUGCGUGGCUUCAGAUCAUUGAGUGCAGACGGGUACUGCAAUGGACAUUUGCGUAUGGCUACUAUCUACCUGAAUCUGGUUUACGCGAGCGACAAAAUUUCUUCGAGUUUUUGCAAGGGGAGGCUGAGUCUGGUCUGGAGAGGCUCCACAAAUGCGUAGAGAAGGACCUUGACGUGUUUGCAACUGAUGAUGAUGAUGAAACUGUUCAAGCCCCUUCGCCACAAGACUUCAGUGAUUUCCGGGCCAACCUAACUAAUUUGACCAGGGUAACCAAAACCUACUUUGCAAAUCUUGUGAAAGGUUUGGAGAAUGGUCUUGCUGAAGCGUUAUAG